AUGCCGCGUGACGGCCCGCAUCCGUACGCUCUCUUUUCUCUCCUUCCUGCCAAUCCCCGAGCCAAAAAGGCACUGGAACACCCCGAGAAUGCCCACCUGGUAUCGGAUAUCUCUAGCGACGCACACUCUCCAGAGAUCUACGCUCUUGAUGUCGGCCUCCACAUUGGCUCUGCGUCUCGAUACACGUUGGCUACCAUCGGACGUCUCGGCAACAUAGUUGUCGAAGGAGCAGGUAUUUCGCGAAUUCAGUGCUCCUUUGAAUUUCACGAGACCAACCAGCGGGAGAUUAUGCUCCAUGACCGGUCAAACAACAACACCACUCAGUUGCACGGUCACACUGCCCUGCCCUUUGAGGCGGGACGGAUCCCGCGCCGGGUAAUCAUAGACCCCACGGUCAACUUGCUGUUGGGAUUCGGGGGUGCCAGCUGUGACAUGUACAAGUUCGAGAUCGUCUGGCACCGUAGGGAACAUCUCAACGUGCCCAAACUCAUCCGCUACCGCGAAAAUAAUCCCCGUCUAGCACGCACAGUCCUAGACGAAGGUGCCCCUACCGUGGCACCGUCGGGGCGCGUAACCCGUAUUCACACUCCGGCUUCUAACAACAGGGUACAGAUCAGGUACUCGGCUCGGAAAUUCCUGGGAAGUGGCGGCUUUGGUGAGGUACACAGCGUCAUCAACGUCGACACAGGCAACCUUUUGGCGAUGAAAAGGGUCAGGUGCCCACCGCCAGACUCUAACGAGUAUAUCCUACUGAAGCGAGAGGUUCACACCCUGUCUAAAGUCUCCCACAGGCACAUUAUCAAAUGCCUGUGCUCUAGACAGGAAGGGGAGGAGCUAUUGAUCUUUAUGGACCUCAAGCCCGGCAACGUUGAACAGCUGAUUUCUCGGAACGUAUUCGUCGAAGACCCGCCGUUGGCAAAGCCACUACUUCACCAGAUGCUCCAGGCACUGGACUAUUUAUCGCACCACGGCAUCAUCCACCGCGACGUGAAGCCCGAAAACAUUCUGUAUGACUCGGCCUUGUCCCUUGGUCAGGAAGGAAAGUACGAGUACCAGCUUGCGGACUUUGGCCUGUCCAAUCUCGCCACCGACGCUUGUACUCGCGUCGGAACGUCCCUCUACAUGGCGCCCGAACUGGAUAUUCGGAAUGGGCCACAGACCACCAAAGUGGAUGUUUGGUCACUCUUUGUCACGCUAGCGUAUGCACUGGAUGAGGGCGGCUUUCAGCGCAAGUUACGUCGCACAGCACCUCCAUUGAGGAUGAUAACGGUUCGAGAGGCGGCGAACGAAGAACGGCUUCGGGAUAUACGAGCCAUGGCGGAAAUCGACCCUGACCGGCGAGCGUCAGCUGCGGAAAUACUGGACCAGGUCUUUCGUGGAGAGGGCCGCACUACACCUCGUCGGGCUGUUGAUGUGCAUGGAACAAGGCCGGGUCCUGAAAUGGGACUGCAAGGGCCAGCGGGACCAGUUGCCGGUGCUGAAAUGCAGGCUGGUGGGCGGGAGCAGAGACGAGGCCGGCCACCGAGAGACCUGGUGGGAAUUGGUGCGCGAGCUACAAGGCCUGCCACUCGAGCGACGCAGCAGCAGUUCGUAGUCGCAGAGACACCAGUCCGAGCUACAAGGCCUGCCACUCGAGCGACGCAGCGGCAGUUCGUAGUCGCAGAGACACCGGCCCGAGCCGGAGACGUCACGCAGCUGUUACCUGGUGCCUUCCCGGAUGAUGAUGAGUCUUCUAUUGAUUAG